AUGGGUCUGAAAAUCAACAUGUUGAAGCUCGACAAGUUCUUGAAGGGGCUCAAAUCCAACACGACCGUCAAGGCGGUCAUCGCGGAUAAUGAUGGGCUCGUCAUCUCCAGCCCAGGUAGGUGAUAUGAUCUGAUGACAGGCAUCCCCUCAUCCGCUGGCUUCCUCACUGUCCGUCUGUUCAGAGCUUUCCAAGGUGCACAAGCCCGUGUGGAAGCUCGGGUGAGAGAGAGAGAGAGAGAGGGAGGGAGGAGGGGAGGCAAGGCUUACAAGGGUAAGUUUCUCCUUCGUCGAUCAACUCUUGUGCGUAAUCAAUCAGCGGUUUCUUUGGCCGAUUGUCGCGGGGUAAGCUGCACUCGCUGUCCAAGGACGAGGACACGAAGGAAAUCGACGGACAUAAGGUAGGAGGCACCCAGCUCCCAAGACAACCAAUGACCGCAGACAAACAACGGAAACCCGUGUGUGUGCGUUUGUGAAAGGCCGUGUCGGCCAGGCCAGUGGAGACAACAGGGACGAGGUAUUAUCGAGGCACCGAGCGAUGCCGCAUCGACAAUUGAUUCACACUUUCUGUGUGUUCUGCAUUAUAUAUGCGUGGCAGGCUUUACAUAGCAGCCGUGUACGAUUCCGGCAAGCUGCUGCCCGAGACAACUCGUGUCGAGGACUGGGCGCAGUAUAUCAUCAUCGGUGUCCUCGUGAUCGUGUCCUUGGCAACACUCUGGGAACUCAUCGACGUCAGUCCAUUCAGCAAAACACAACAGCCCACCGACAGAGGGAUGCUUGUUUGUCCGUCUGCCUGCCUGUCUGUCUGUCUGUCUGUCUGUCGUGGCUGGGUGCAGUGCGGUGCGUGUGUUGCAGACCUGUCAUGCGGUGCUGGUGUACAGGAAAAAGAAAAAAGUGCUAACGCGGCGGCUCUCGGCGUAGGCAGCCCAUCAGCACACCACACCACGACAUCCAUGUCUGUUUUGUUUUUUGCGUUCCUCGAUCGAUCGAUCGAUCAGUGCGUAUCACCGUGGCGAGAAGAGUGACAGCCGGGCUGUGAUGGACAUCCAAGCCAAGCUGGACAGCCUCGAGCACAACCCGUUUUCAAAGGCGAACCAUUACGCCCCUUCUGACUAUGGAUCGAUCGUCGGCUCCAUCGUACAAAACCUGCAAAAAGGACACUCGGUGAGAGAAUAUAUUAGGGAAAGAAAGACAGACACACACAGACAAAAGGGGACGGACAGACACCCUCUUCUUCUGUGUCUCAGUUUGUAUUCGACGUUGGCGAGCCUUCCAGCCGGCGGCCGUCUGUGAUUCUCGUGUCUGCGGAUGAGGGCGAGAGCCAGAAAGACCUCCAGUCCAUCACCACUGAGAUCACGCGAAUACUCAGAGACAGACGGCUCUCGGUCAACUCGCAGAGGAGCUUCACGGGAAUGCCGCACAAGACGCCUCUGCCUGUAAGUGAGACACACAAGACACACCAGCCAGCCGUCCGCAUCACGUGAUGUGUGUGUGUGUGUGUGGCUGGCCUGAUCUGUCUGAUGCGCGUCAGCCGCAGGAGCAUGAGGGCCGUCGCUAUGCGGAAUCAGUAGGUGCGAGCACUGAACACCGAACAUGCACAGCGGUGUCUCAACCAGAAACAUGUUCUUGUGUCUCUUGUGUCUCGUGUGUGUACUCUGGUGCACUGCAGGAAGGUCACCCGUCGAGUCCUCAGAGCCUUGCAUCGUCGUUCACACCCCACUCAGCCCCCCGCACUCACCACACACCGUUGCCAACGGUGCCACCGCCACGCCCGCCAGCGGCAAGCGGCCGCCCACAACCCCAAAUCAGCAACACACAAGCGGGGGUGGGGGAGUGCCCCUCCGAAAUCCCCCCCGAGCACUCGGCGGUGACCGAGACAUCAAUGGACCACCACAGCCGAUGUUGAGUGACUGCGACAUGAUUGAGGAAAUCGACGAGGGCCGCUGGGCAGGUGCGCAAGCGUGAGAGACUCAGUGGGUGCAAUUGGGUGCGAGGUCAUUGACUGUCUGAGUUUCGUGUGAUGUUGAACUUCUCUCUCUCUCGUGUGUGUGUGUGUCUGUGUGUGUGUGUGUGUGUCUGUGUGUUGAAUCUGUGUGGUGCGGCAAGGCAGUGAUGGUUGGUCAGUCCUGGUGGGACCAGAUGGCAUGAGUGCAUACGACGUACUACUCCAUGUACUGGG